UGCGGGCGCCCGGCCGCUGGCUGCGCUAGGACCCGCCGCCGCCGGUCGCCGAGGGCUGGUAGGAAGGGAGGAGCGGGAGAGAAAGGGCCCCGGAGACUGGCGCCCGCCGGGGCGCAGCGCGGUAUGUAGCUGCGGGCUCCCGCGCGAGGGUGUCGGCCCGGCCCCGCCAUGGCUGGGACGGACAGCGGGAACCUGAAGACGGUGAGGCUGUGGCGGGACGCCGCCCUGCGCGCCAGGAAGCUGCGGAGCAACCUGCGCCAGCUCAGCCUCAGCGCGGCCGGGGGCUGCCCGGGGACCGACCAGCUCGACUCUCCCGACGCGCCCCAGCUCGUGCUGCCGGCCAACAUCGGGGACAUUGAGGUGCUAAACCUGGGCAACAACGGCCUGGAGGAGGUGCCCGACGGGCUGGGCUCGGCGCUGGGCAGCCUCCGCGUCCUGGUCCUGCGCCGGAACCGCUUCGCCCGGCUGCCCCCGGCGGUGGCCGAGCUGGGCCAUCACCUCACCGAGCUGGACGUGAGCCACAACCGGCUGAGCGUCCUAAGCGCCGAGGUGGUGAGCGCCCUGCGCGAGCUGAGGAAGCUCAACCUCAGCCACAACCAGCUGCCCGCCCUGCCCGCCCAGCUGGGCGCGCUGGUCCACCUGGAGGAGCUGGACGUCAGCUUUAACCGCCUGGCGCACCUGCCCGACUCCCUCUCCUGCCUCUCCCGCCUGCGCACCCUCGACGUGGACCACAACCAGCUCACGGCUUUUCCGUGGCAGCUGCUGCAGCUGGCGGCCCUGGAGGAGCUCGACGUGUCCAGCAACCGGCUGCGGGGCCUACCUGAGGAUAUCAGUGCCCUGCGUGCCCUCAAGAUCCUCUGGCUGAGCGGGACCGAGCUUGGCACCCUGCCCAGCGGCUUCUGCGAGCUGGCCAGCCUGGAGAGCCUCAUGCUGGACAACAACGGGCUGCAGGCUCUACCCGCCCAGUUCAGCCGCCUGCAGCGACUCAAGAUGCUCAACCUCUCUUCCAACCUCUUGGAGGAGUUCCCUGCCGCGCUGCUGCCCCUGGCUGGUCUGGAGGAACUCUACCUUAGUCGCAACCAGCUCACUUCCGUGCCGUCCCUGAUCUCGGGCCUGGGCCGUCUUCUCACCCUGUGGCUGGAUAAUAACCGGCUCCGCUACCUGCCUGACUCCAUCGUGGAGCUCACGGGCCUGGAGGAGCUGGUUCUGCAGGGGAACCAGAUCGCUGUGCUGCCAGACAACUUUGGCCGGCUCUCCCGGGUGGGCCUGUGGAAGAUCAGGGACAACCCGCUGAUCCAGCCCCCCUACGAGGUCUGUAUGAAGGGGAUCCCCUACAUCGCAGCUUACCAGAAGGAGCUGGCUCAUUCCCAGCCGGCGGUCCAGCCCCGCCUCAAGCUGCUCCUGAUGGGCCAUAAAGCUGCAGGAAAGACCCUGCUCCGUCGCUGCCUCACCGAGGACAGAGUGGAGGGGAACCAAGGAGGAGGGGACAAGGAGAAGAGCCACCCGCCUUCACCUCCUCCCGUGAGCAAGGGCAUCGAGGUGACCAGCUGGACAGCGGAUGCCUCCCGGGGCCUGCGGUUCAUCGUGUAUGACUUAGCCGGGGAUGACAGUUAUGAGGUGAUCCAGCCCUUCUUCCUCUCCCCGGGGGCCCUUUAUGUGCUGGUGGUGAACUUGGCCACCUAUGAGCCGCUCCGCUUUCCCACCACCGUGGGCUCCUUCCUGCAUCGGGUAGGGGCGCGGGUGCCUCACGCCGUGGUGUGCGUUGUGGGCACGCACGCCGACCUCUGCGGGGAGCAGGAGCUGGAGGAGAAGUGUCUGGACAUCCACCGCCAGAUCGCCCUGCAGGAGAAGCACGACGCCGAGGGGCUGAGCCGCCUGGCCCAGGUGGUGGACGAGGCGCUGGCCCGGGACUUUGAGCUCCGCUCCGCCAGCCCCCACGCAGCCUACUACGGGGUGUCCGACAAGAACCUUCGGCGGCGCAAGGCGCACUUUCAGUACCUGCUCAACCACCGGCUGCAGAUCCUCUCGCCCGUGCUGCCCGUGAGCUGCAGGGACCCACGCCAGUUACAGCGCCUGCGGGACAAACUGCUCUCAGUGGCCGAGCACCGGGAAAUCUUCCCCAACCUCCACAGAGUACUGCCUCGGUCCUGGCAGGUGCUGGAGGAGCUGCACUUCCAGCCCCCUCAGGCGCAGCGGCUCUGGCUCAGCUGGUGGGACUCGGCUCGCCUGGGCCUGCAGGCCGGCCUGACCGAGGACCGGCUGCAGAGCGCCCUCUCCUACCUGCACGAGAGCGGCAAGCUGCUCUACUUUGAGGACAGCCCGGCCCUCAAGGAGCACGUCUUCCACAACCUCUCCCGCCUCAUCGACAUCCUCAACGUCUUCUUCCAGAGGGAUCCUUCCUUGCUGCUGCAUAAGCUGCUCCUGGGGACCAGCGGCGAGGGCGAGGCUGAGAGCCGGGGUGAAAGCUCCCCGCUGAUGGCGCCGCCUGCUCCAAACCAGGAUGCGCUCCGGGCCACCCAGCUCCAUCAUUACGUGGAGGGUUUUCUGCUGCAUGGGCUCCUGCCGGCCCACGUCAUCCGGCUGCUGCUGAAGCCUCACAUCCAGGCUCAGCAGGACCUGCAGCUUCUGCUGGAGCUGCUGGAGAAGAUGGGACUCUGUUACUGCCUCAACAAAGCCAAGGGCAAGCCUCUGAAUGGGUCCACGGCCUGGUACAAGUUCCCGUGCUAUGUGCAGAACGAGGUGCCCCACGCGGAGGCCUGGAUUAACGGGACCAACCUGGCCGGGCAGUCCUUUGUGGCUGAGCAGUUGCAGAUUGAAUAUAGUUUUCCCUUCACCUUUCCACCCAGCUUGUUUGCACGCUACAGCGUCCAGAUCAACAGCCAUGUGGUGCACAGGUCGGAUGGCAAACUUCAGAUCUUUGCAUACAGAGGGAAAGUCCCUGUGGUGGUGAGUUACAGACCUGCCAAGGGGGUCCUGCAGCCGGACACCCUGUCCAUUGCCAGCCACGCAUCCUUACCGAACAUAUGGACGGCAUGGCAAGCCAUAACCCCCUUAGUAGAGGAACUGAAUGUCCUACUUCAGGAAUGGCCUGGACUGCACUACACCGUGCACAUUCUCUGUUCUAAGUGCCUUAAGAGAGGGUCACCCAAUCCACACGCUUUCCCAGGAGAGAUGUGUUCUGGAGUAAAGAAGCAGUCCCCACUUUGGGGGGACGGGUAUCAGAGGGUGGCAGCAAAAGGGGAGUUGCUGAGUCAGCCCAGACCAGAAGGCGUGGCAGAGAUCAUUUGCCCCAAGAAUGGCAGCGAGCGAGUGAAUGUUGCCUUGGUUUACCCACCCACACCGACUGUGAUCAGCCCGUGUUCCAAGUCGAUGGUCAAGAUCAGACUUUCUUCAUCAGGCACGUGUGCAUCAGAAUUUCCAGGGCCAGGCACUAGUCUUUAAGGAAACGAGUCACUCAGAUGAUUGUCAUGUGUGUGCCAGACAUUCUGCUCGUCGAGAUCCCCUCCAGGGCUCCCAGGCCAGUGAGUCUCAUCUUCAGGAGAAUUCUUAAUAAUUCUGCCAGGACGACAGGCGGCAACCAGAGCCAUCCCAGGAAAACCAGAAUAAUCACCCUACUCUUAGGUCAUUGCUCUAGAUCUUACAGUGGUUUUAAAAAGGCAUCCCAAGCUCUUCUUUGACCAGUUUACUCCUCUCCUUUAUAGGUCAAAUGAGACUUGUCAUUCAUGGCCUGCCUUUGACCAUGUGUAAAAUAAUGGUGCUACUAUGAGCUUUAUAAGGAAAAACCAUUGAUGACUGUUAUUUGAUUGGAUCUUCCUUAUGAAUUCCAAGCUUCUCUAUUUCUCAUUUUUUAAAAUUUCGAGGUGUGUUAUUCCCCUACAGACAGA